UUUAGCCGGCAUCGAAGCUCACGAAGGGCAGCGAGUGCAUCGCCGCCGCGGAGGAAUGCAAGAUGAUGAGCGCCAUGCGCAAUAGCAGAUUCGACGACGAUGAUGCCGUGAAUUGAAGGUCGAAAAGGGACUUUCAGUCGGUUGCAGAAUGGUGUUCGUUAUGAGAAGCCCUGGUGGAUUGCUUACCGCUCGAUCAGGAAGGUGGGGCGGUAGUGGGUUUGGUGGUCGUUGAUUUUUGAGUAUAGUUGAGGCGAAUUGGGUUUGCGGAAUUGGGUGCUUGGCCUUGGUAAGCAUGGCGUUAUGUGUGGCGCCCCUGCGGGUCGUUGGGGUUGAGUCCUGCUUGUCGGGAUUGUCUUCUGGGUUGCGAGCAUCCGCUGCGCCGUGCAGCUUUGCCCCGCUGCAGUUUCGAGCUUUGUGUCCAGAGGAGGUUGGGAACUAUGGCUUCUCCUCCUGCGCGCUUCGGAGCUCUGGGAUUAAGGAGCUUUCGAGGCCUCAUCUUGGGUAUGAUUUGGCAGCGAGGGGGCGCCGCAAGCUCGACUCUCUGCUCACAGUGGCUGCAGUGGCGAAUCCAGUUGAAGCUAACAGAGGAUUCGAAGAGAUGACAGCAGGAACAACACGGAAGUAUUUUAUGUUGGGGGGCAAGGGUGGUGUGGGGAAGACCAGCCUUGCUGCUAGCUUAGCCGUUAAGUUUGCUAACAAUGGCCAUCCAACGCUGGUCGUUUCCACAGACCCUGCCCAUUCGCUCAGCGACUCAUUUGCUCAGGAUUUAAGCGGUGGAACUAUUAUGGCCGUUGACGGUGUCGACUUUCCACUUUAUGCCAUGGAGAUUAACCCAGAGCAAGCCAGAGAGGAGUUUCGUGCAUCCGUCUCUAAAGAUGGAGGGACCGGCGUCAAAGAUUUCAUGGACAGUGUGGGGCUAGGUGGUUGGGUGGGAGAGUUAAGUGAGCUGAAACUUGGUGAGCUUUUGGAUACUCCACCACCAGGUCUCGACGAAGCCAUGGCUAUAUCCAAAGUUGUUCAAUUCAUACAAUCUCCUGAAUAUAGCAAGUUCACACGCAUAAUCUUCGAUACUGCACCUACGGGACACACUUUGCGUUUGUUGUCAUUACCAGACUUCUUGGAUGCCUCAAUAGGUAAAAUAUUAAAGUUGAAAAAGAAAAUUCAGAACGCAGCAGCAGCAAUCAAAUCUGUGUUUGGUCAAGGAGAUGGUCGUGACAAAGCUACCGACAAACUCGAGGCACUAAAGGAGAGAAUGAUUAUGGUUCGGGAGAUUUUCAGAAAUAAGGAAACAACUGAGUUUGUGAUAGUGACAAUCCCCACGGUCAUGGCUAUCAGUGAAAGCUCCCGGCUGAAGAGUUCCUUAGAAAAAGAAGGAGUUCCAGUCAAGCGGCUUAUUGUGAACCAAGUACUGCCUCCUUCCAAUUCCGACUGCAAGUUUUGUGCAGUGAAACGCAAGGACCAAAAAAGAGCAAUGGAUAUGGUGUCCAAAGAUCCCAGUUUACAAACGCUAGAAGUAGUGGAGUCUCCAUUGUUUGACCUGGAGAUAAGGGGAGUUCCUGCAUUGAAAUUUAUGGGCGACCUGGUCUGGCGUUGAUGAACAACGUUGGGAUUAGCAAAUCCUGGAUUUGUGUAUUGAAAACACUUAUUGUAAUUUUAUGAUUUGAUGAACAUCCAAAUAGUUGAACAUCGCUACGCAA